CGUUGUAAGGGAGACAACUUCUGCUAUUUGGUGUUCCAGAAAAGGUAUGUCAGAAGACGAACUCAGAAAACUCGUUAAUAUUCCCAGUGCUAAAUGGUCCCCAUUCUAUUCAUCCCUUGUUGGUAGUUUGGUGAAUAGAAAUGGUAUUUAUAACUUCUUCCAUGAUUAUCUACGACAAGCUGUCGAGGUUCGAUUCCUGCCAACUUUAAAUGACAAGAAAAUUUACUCGAAACGAUUGGCCAGUUUCUUUGCCUUGCAACCAAUGAGCUAUCGCGUAGCUGAAGAAUUACCAUUUCUAUUGUAUGAAGCUGGAGAAAUGGAAAGUUUGAAGGAAACCUUGUCAGACUUGAACCUUUUCCAACAAUUGAUGGUGACAGAACAUGGCCAAUAUGAUUUAAUUCACUAUUGGAAACUGUUUGAUCAUUUCAAUGAAGUCAGCAAAGUUUAUAAAGAACAACUUGAAUAUUUCAAUGGUAACAGACAAAGUGAAGAUUUCUUAAAGCUGUCGAAAUCUUUGGCCCAAUUAUUCAUUGAUCUGUCUUUGUUAGACAAUGCCAAGAAACUCCUGGAAUCUUUGUUGCAUGAUUUUGAGAAGAAAUAUGGUGAUGAGUUUGUUACAAUUGUAUAUUGUCCAUGGAACUUCUCUUGGAAGAGCCGGUGCUGUCAUGAGACUGUCAUUGAGCUGCUCCAGUUACUGGGAAGUGUUUGCACUAAACAGAAUGAUUUGGAACAAGCAGAAACUUAUUACCGAGAACUUCUGGACAGAUUGAACAGUGCAAAAACAUGGAAACAGAAACUUCAGCUGUGUGAAGGCUCCCUGGGUCUGGCUACAGUUUUUCAGAUGAAAAACAACACAAAAGAAUCUGAAAAAUUGUUGCUCCGAUCUCUAGAGUUAGCAUCUGAAGUGUUUGGUCCCAAACAUCACUAUGUAGCAACCAUAAUUAAUAAGCUUGGUCAACUCUGUUUCCAUCAGGGUCGACUGGAUAAGGCUCUCUGUUAUUUCCUCCAAGAUUUCAGAUUGACCUACAAUAAUGCAGGCUGGAAUUAUCCACGACUAGCUGGGAUCCUUAAUGAUGUGGCAUUGGUCUAUGAUGAAAAAAAUCUUGAGGAGUGUGUAACACUGUACGAGUGUGCUUUAGCCAUUAUGUUGAAUGUGUACGGGACUCAACAUGUGGACACUGCAAUGAUACGGUACAAUCUAGGAACAGUUUAUUUUGCUUCUAACCAUUUUGCCAGAGCGAAAUACCAGUGGCAAGAAGCAGUGAAAGUUUUUGAGUGUCUUCUUGGAGUUGAACAUCGCAACACAGUUGCAGCAGCUGAUGCGGUCAGGGAGGUGACUGUUUUAGUAAACUCAAAUUAGAUUUGAGAUAAAGUCCAGAAGCUUUCAGAAAGCUGGAUUUAUUGAGUAAAAAAUUAUCAGAAUGAUAUCACUAUAUAAAUGUAAUAACAUACUAGGAUUGUUUAUUUAUUUUGUUUGGAGAAUAGAAUUCAACAUAAAUGUACACACACACACACACACACACACAAACAAACAUUUCAGAGUUGCAAUUGUUUGAAAAAUGACUGGCCCUGAAACUAUAUGUUGAAAUCUUUACCUCACAAAACAGCCAUUUUAACCUUUUAAAAACACACUGAAACUGUUCUAUUUCCUUCACAAUCAUUUUUUAAUAGGAUAGUCGAUUAGGAAAUAUCAGAAAAGUUUUGUUGACUUUCUGUCACUGAAUUAAUUCCACUGCACCUGUUGAAACUCAGUAAUUAAUCAAAUUUCUAAACUUUAAUGGUUUCUUUCAUUCACUUCUUCAUUUUUCUUUCUUUAAUUACAACUGUUUUUGUCAUUUGUCCUUUUGUAUCUGAGUGGAUUUAUAUAUAUUUGUUCUUUUGAAC